GGCUUUUGGCAGUGAUAUUUCCCUGCCAUCAUUUGCCCAUGCAGCUUUCAAUGAAUAUUGUAUGUGGUCUCUGGGUUUUGGUGCUGAUCAUUUGAAUCGGCGGCUUGCAGAGCAGGGGGCUGUUUUUUUUUUGUUUUUUUUUUUGCUGGAUGAGCGCACCAGAUGAUGGAAUUUCUCCCAGAGUCCGCAGCCGCUCGCCCCGAACCGUCUCCUUCCGAAAUGAGAUAAGAGCUCGGAGAAUCCAGCGAGGAAGAUGUUCUGCGCCAAGCUGAAAGAGCUGAAGAUCUCCGGAGAGUGUCCGUUCUCCGGCAGCGCCAAAAAUAAUGAGCUGGGAGACUUUGAGGAGCGCGCAACUGACGCCGCGGAUUUAUUGCCUAUUUCAAAGGACGUGCAUGGAAAAACAGGCGAGGAUCUGCCUCGACAGAAGACGAGCAGAGCCAAAGUUAACCUGCAUACACUUGGGGAGAGCAUCCAGAAAUUGGCAUGCCCAGAGUUUCAAAGGCUGCACACUGCCCUCCAACGAAUGGUGACACUAUCAGAUCACAGCAGGGACUCUGAAAGUCCAGUGUUUUGCUGUCCACACUAUGGGAGUUGCAGAGAUGAGCCAGAGCAUUUACUGGAGAUGAUGAACAUUUACUCGAGCAAAACAGCAAUCCCGAUGGAAGCUUUGCAAGUGGCUCUUGGCGAGGAGCUCUUCAAUAUGUGUUAUGAGGAGGACAGACACAUUUUAAGGGUGGUGGGGGGAGCUCUCCACGACUUCCUCAACAGCUUCAACGUCUUGUUGAAACAGAGCAGCAUGCAGCCCAACCCGGACAGAGGAGGUUGUGUAAACGAACCUUCGGUGCUGUGCUUAGACAAGGAUCCGGGUCUGCUUACUGUCUAUUUCUUCAACCCCGGCCCGACCACUGAGCUCUUUUUCCCCGGAGUCAUCAAAGCUGCUGCCCGUCUGCUCUAUCACACCACUGUGGAUGUGCUGAAGGACCCCCACACUGCUAAAGACAGCAUCUUGCAGUCCAGCCCGCAGCCAUAUCUUCUGUACACAGUUGUAGUUAAGGAUGCUAAAAAUCUGAGCCCCAGUCCGCUGCGGGCGACCUCAGCUGGGACCCUUCCUACCUCUCUCUUCUCCACUGUGUUCCCUUUCCAUCUGAUCCUGGACCAGGACCUGGUUCUGGUACAAAUCGGACACGCGCUCAGAAAGAGACUGACCAGGAAGGACGGACUGAGACGGUCUGCUACCUUCCAGGAACACUUCUCCAUCGUCACCCCCCAGAUCAAAUGUACCUUUCAGGGCAUUCUGACCAUGCUAAACGCACAGUUUAUCAUUCGGAUCAAACAUGGAGUCUCCACCACAGAUAAUACAGGGAAGCUCAUGGACCUUAAAGGUCAGAUGAUUUACGUUUCAGAGUCAAACGCCAUCUUGUUCUUGGGCUCUCCAUGUGUGGACAAGUUGGAGGAGCUAACGGGCCGUGGCCUCUACCUGUCAGACAUCCCCAUUCAUAACGCACUGCGUGACGUCGUCCUGGUGGGCGAACAGGCCAAGGCCCAGGACGGCUUGAAGAAGCGGCUGGGGAAGGCCAAGGCAGCCUUGGAGCAUGCUCACCAAGCCCUGGAGGAGGAGAAGAAGAAGACAGUGGACCUCCUGUUCUCCAUCUUCCCGGGCACCGUGGCCCAGCAGCUGUGGCAGGGAGAGACGGUCCAAGCCAAGAAGUUUGACCGAGUCACGAUGCUCUUCUCCGACAUUGUGGGCUUCACGGCUGUUUGCUCGAUCUGUACGCCGAUGCAAGUGAUCACGAUGCUCAAUGAGCUGUACACCAGGUUUGACCACCACUGUGGAGAGCUUGAUGUUUAUAAGGUGGAGACCAUUGGUGAUGCGUAUUGUGUAGCUGGUGGCUUACACAAGGAGAGUGAUACUCACGCUGUCCAAAUUGCACUCAUGGCUUUAAAGAUGAUGGAGCUUUCAGACGAAGUUAUGACACCGACAGGAGACCCAAUACAGAUGCGUAUCGGCCUCCACAGUGGAUCAGUGCUGGCUGGUGUAGUUGGGGUGAGGAUGCCACGCUACUGCCUUUUUGGGAACAAUGUCACGUUGGCUAACAAGUUUGAAUCAUGCAGCCAGCCUGGAAAAAUCAACAUCAGCCCGACAACCCACAGAUUGCUGAAGGGUCGCCCAGAGUUUGUCUUUGUUCCCAGGAGCAGAGAGGAGCUUCCGGCCAACUUCCCAGAAGAUAUCCCUGGUGUUUGUUACUUUUUGGAAGCGUCUUACAAAACUUCAAGACUGACUAUUAAAUGAAGUUCGACUGACGCAGAACCCUCCAAAGAAAACAACAAAAAAGAAAACAGUAGCUAUGAAGAGAUGUAAAUGUAUCUAGUGAAUACAGUGCAACUACCUUGUAUAUUUUGAUUUGGGUUGUUUUGACAUUGAUGAUAUUGUCCGCCAGUCAAGCUCUUGCAGCUGCUUAAUUACAGAGAUGUCAGCUUGCUGUCAAACACGAGUGUCGUCUCCGUGCAAUUAUCCAUUUGUAUGGUUGCAGUAGAGAGGAACUCAUUUCAUCUUUCUUCCAGAAUAAGUCAUCUCUGCAAACUGAGCAGCUUUCAUUCGUAGCUCCCACCAGAGACAUAGAUGUACUGUCAGUAAAAGACUUUUGGACUGUUUUGUUCUUUUUGACAUUUAAGAGGUGCAAAGUAUUAAUAAAACAUGCGGUAAAUGUGGCUAAAAAGCACACAAAACAAGCAAAUAUAUACACUAAGGUUCAAAAGUUUGGGAUCACUUAGACAUUAUUAUUUUUGAAAGAAAAGCAUUUUUUCCCAAUAAAGAUAACAUUAAAUUCAUCAGAAAUACAGUAUAGAUAGGUAGAUAGAUCUGUAUUAAUCCCAAGGGAAAUUUAAAGGCAGUCUAGACAUUGUUAAUGUGGUAAAUGACUAUUUUAGCUGGAAAUGACUGAUUUUUAAUGGAAUAUCUCCAUAGGGGUACAGAGGAACAUUUCCAGCAACCAUCACUCCUGUGUUCUAAUGCUACAUUGUGUUAGCUAACGGUGUUGAAAGGCUCAUUGAUGAUCAGAAAACCCUUGUGCAGUUAUGUUAGCACAUGAAUAAAAGUGUGAGUUUUCAUGGAAAAUAUGAAAUUGUCUGGAUGACCCCAAACUUUUGAACAGUUGUGUAAUCUUGCAAAAUGUAGAUACUGUAUGUUACAGAAAUCUUUUUUGGAUGUGAAGUUGCUAAACAGAUUUAUGGACCGUAAAUAUCUGAUCGGUCCAUUUAUAACUGGUCAGACGAGGUACCUGAUAAGUACUGAUGGUACAUCAGCUGAAAUGGAAUUGGCUUUUUGUGUUUUAGGGAAGAAUUUCAUGACAAAUGAUGACAUCAAAAUAUAUUUUAACAUUUAGGAUUCAACCUCUAAUCAAAUGAAGCAACGCGGAGCAGAUUCAGGUGCCUUAUGGGGACUAUACGGACAGGGUCAUAGAUGUCAGCUUUCAAACAAAAUGGAAAUAUUUCUAGUUUUUAGCAGUUUUAUUAAUUUUCUUUUUCAUUUAAUAUUGCCAAUAUGACAACACGUGUCAAUACUUUAUCCCACAGGCAGACAGACAACCAGAAGCAUUGUUGUUGCAGUGUGUGGUGUGUUGACAUAAAGCAUUCCGAGAUCCCACUUUCCUACUAUAUAUGAAAAGAGUAAUGUACGCAUAUUUUUACUUUUUUCACUGUACACAUUGACACUAUAUUUAUUACAUGAGCUUUGUAGCACAGAGAAAAUAUGACACAGCAAGAACACAUGAAUGUUUUGCCAUCACUCAUAAUGAUGUGCUUUAAUCGUUAUUGUAAUGUAAUCAAAGUGCAAUAAAUAUUGGCAUUAACAAAC